GAUAGGGGAAUGAGAAGGAGAGAAACAUGAAUAGAUAUGGAUGAAAUGAAUGGCAAUUGUGAAACAAAAUAUAUAUUGCAAGACUGUUUUGGAGUGCAGCAGAUAAUUUAACAGUGCAUUUAUUUAUUUGUUCGAUUAUUUUAUGAGUAUGUCAUCUUUUUCUUUCUUUUUCUGAAUCCACAUGAUCUUGAUGAGAAUGAAAUAGACAGUCACGAUGGAAACGGCUGCAACUGGAGAACCCACAUCUAGCGUGGACCCAACCACAAAUGGAGUCGGUGCAUCUAGCACGUCAACGACUUUGGAACCUGAAAUGACGAGUGACGUUUGGAAAUCGAGGAAUGACGCAUGGAACAGAACAACUGACGCAUUGGACAAUACGACUGACGCAUGGUACGUGAUGAAUGACGCAUGGAACGGCACAAAUGACGCAUGGAACGGUACAAGUGGCAUUGGUCACAUGGAGGACAUUACAACGGAAGGGACAUUGAAUGAUAACGACACCCUGACAACGAGGGCGUCCUCUGAAGACUGGGUCUGGUCUCCAGUCUCCUGGCAAUGGUGGCAGAUCGUGCAGGUUAUCCUAGCCGUCCUGGGCAUCAUUGGAAACUUUCUGGUGAUGCUUGUCCUCUUUCGUCGAAAACGUCACAGUUACUCCACCGAUACCCUGAUUGGCGCCCUGGCCGCCGCCGACUUCACGACGUCGGUCUUCGUCCUACCGCAUCCGCACGCGACGACGCUCCCGGAUUCGCCGACGGGUCAGUUCUACUGCCGGGUCAUCCAUUCGUCCGUGAUCAUGUGGAUAUCGAUCUGCGCGUCCAUUUUCACCCUGACGACGAUCUCGGUCGAGAGGCUGCUUGCGAUACGGUAUCCCUUCACAUUCCAGCGCAUAUUUACACCGCGACGCAGCGUCCUCGCCAUCGUCGUUCUUUGGCUCGUUGCCGUCGCCAUCAACUCGUCUAGUUUAUACGUCCACUUCGUCCAAGACGGGAAGUGCGUCACAAUAUUCCCGACGUUGACGUUCCAAAAGAUCAAUGGCGUGACGUUGUUUCUUGUGAAAUACAUUACCCCCGUCAUCAUUAUGCUGACCGCGCAUGGGUUGACGAUCCACAGCCUUCGCCAGCGCGCAAGCCCGGUGGCCGUCGGCCAGGAGCGACAGAAGCACGCGCUGAAGCUGACGAAGGCACGACAUCGCGUCCUCCAAAUACUCUUAGUCGUCGUCAUCACCUUCAUCAUCUGCUGGACUCCUGAUCAGAUCGGCUAUCUGAUGUUCAACCUCGGCGUCGUUGACGUCAGCCAUCUCUAUAGCCCGAUCUACCGCUGCUUUGUUACCCUUGCCUUCGCAAACUCGUGCCUUAAUCCAAUCAUCUACGCCUCGAGGAAUCUCAGAUUCAGAAAAGCACUCAGAGACCUCUUCAAAGGCGUCUCCACACCUAGUGGACAGUCAGUCUUUGCAGGCUUUGACGACCAUGAUGACAGCAAGGAAGUGAAUACAGGCGCUAUAGAUUUAUCAACCAAUGACCAAUCCCAGGUGUAG